AUGACUGAGUCAAGCCAGUCCCCGCUCUCCGGUCUCUGGAAGCCGACCCAUCUCCAAAACCUCUUCUACGGCUCCGAUUGCGUAUCCAAGCAUUUGCUCGAAUGCCUUCCGAACGAGAAGUCCAAAGCUUUCAUCAUCACUGGUUCCUCUCUCGCAAACAAGACGUCUCUUAUCAAGUCCGUUGAAUCGCAAUUGGGAUCCAGACACGCCGGCACUUUCUCCAACAUCAAGCAACACGCUCCAGUAGCCGACCUAGACAAAGCAACAGAUGCUGUCCAAGAAGACAACAGCAUUGACACCAUCAUCAGUAUUGGAGGUGGCUCUCCCAUCGACAGCGCAAAAGCAAUCUCCUACCGCCUCAACGAGAAGUCCGGUCGUUUCCUGCAUCACAUCGCUAUCCCCACCACCUUGUCAGCAGCGGAAUGCACCUUCAACGCUGGCUACACCCAACCGAAUGGUCAGAAGGUGGGUGUUGCCCAUCCCGAAUGUGCUCCUCACGCUAUCCUUUACGACUCCAAGUUCGGCCUGGAGACACCCGAGAAACUGUGGAUGAGCACUGGACUGCGAGCCAUGGACCACGCAGUAGAAUUGAUGUACCACCCCACAAGCACAGAAGUUCCUUGUCGCCAGAUGGCCCUGAUGGCUGCCCACGAUCUCUUCACCUACCUUCCAAAGUACAAGGCCAACCCCAAGGACGAGGAUGUCAUCACUAGACUUCAACUUGCGAGUUUCGCCUCUCUUGGCUUCAUGGGCUUGAACGCUAGUGGUCCUCUUGGACUCAGCCAUGUUCUUGGAUACGCCCUUGGGUCUCCCUACAGCAUUCCUCACGGCAUAACCUCCUGCAUGACUUUGGGAGAGGUAGUAAAACUCAAGGCGGCUACCGAUGCCUCUGCAGCUUCUCAGCUUACCCGCCUGUGUCCCUUCGUCGGAGUGACCAAGACUGGAGACGACAAAAAAGAUGCUCAAGCUGUCGGAGAUGCAAUCAACAAACUUGUCGAGGAAUUGGGCUUGAAGAGCACCUUGACAGAGUACAAGGUUGACAAGAGCGAGGCCCAUACCGUCGCAAAGACUGCUACUAGAGCUGAGAGUGGACCGGUGUAUGACAUGGUCAAGAAGCUUGUUGAGGGCUUGUGGUGA